AUGAACGUCAACAAGAAGCUCGAUCGCUUGAAGCAAUGGGGCAAGGAGCGGAUGGGCGGCGAGGUCAAGACGGAGACGACGGAUGAGUUCAAGUCCUUGGAGAUGGAGAUGCAGCUGCGACAUGAUGGCAUGGAUCGCUUGAAGAAGUCCGCCGAUGCCUACAUUCUACACACGUCCAAGAGGGAGAAGUACCAGGAUAAGGAGCAGCAGUUGCCAGUGGGAUACUUCGGCUCGAUGAUGGUGGCUCAUGGAGACGACUUCGAGCCGGAUUCUGAGUUUGGGCAGUGUCUGUCGACACUUGGCCGGGCCAACGAGCGGAUUGCGCGAAUGCAGGAGACGUACUGCGCCAAUGCUACUAGCAGUUGGCUGGAGUCUCUAGAAAGAUCCCUGGUGCAGAUGAAGGAGUAUCAAAGAGCUCGUAAGCAAUUGGACACGAGGAGACUGGCAUACGAUACUGCAGCGAUCAAGAUGCAGAAGUCGAAGAAGGAGGAUUUCAGGAUGGAGGAAGAGCUGCGUCAGCAGAAGAUGAAGUAUGAGGAGAGUAGCGAGGAUGUAUACAGGCGGAUGCUGGAUAUCAAGGAGGCGGAAGUGGAGUCUGUUCAGGACUUGACGAGCUUCCUAGAGGCGGAAUUGACAUACUACGAUCGUUGUCGGGAGCUUUUGCUGCAGGUCAAGAGGGACUGGCCGGCACAAGCAAUGACCAACCGAUCCGGUACAGCCAGCCCCGUCAACGGCGGCAUGAUGCGUCGCCAAACCCGAUCACGAGCCAGCUCCAUGAACGACCGCUUCGGCCGCAUCGACGAAGACGAACCCCUCGAACCACCCCCUCGACCCACCAUCAGCUCCAGAGUCCCCUCGGGGGCCAACUCCCCACGCAAAGAACUCCCCGGCUUCGACCUCCCCGUCCGAAUCAACAACACCCGCAGCACUUCAACCCCAGGCUUCGAAGGCCCCACCCAACUCCGCGCAGACUCCCCAGCAGGAAUGCCCCGUCUCGCGCGCGUGCCAACCGAACCCUCCCAUCUCCUAGGCGCGAGAUCAAACCUCCGCAUCACCAAGUCCCGCGAAGCGCAAGCCCACGGAGGAAGCGAUGUCUUCGGGGACGAUCAGAGCGAAUACUCAGACUCCCCCAGCACGGCCUUCGACGAGCACCACAGAGCGCCUAGCUGGUCGACCAUGGGCCAAGAUGGAGGGAGUCAAGCUGCUGUGAAGAAAGCCCCUCCGCCACCUCCUCCCUCGAGAGCGAAGAAACCGCCUCCUCCCCCGCCCAUGAAACGCAGCGCUCUUAGUACGAGCGAAGUACCUCACUAUUGA